AUGUUGCCACUGAUUGAUAUCACUUUGAUGAAGAGAAAGCCGCGAACAGCUGCGAGGAAGAAUAAGGGAAUUGAUGAAGGCACGCCAUACGCGGGAGGCACUUUCUACUUCGACAUCAAGUUUCCCUCUGAUUACCCAUUCAAGCCCCCAAAGAUCGAGUUCAUCACCAAGAUUUAUCAUCCAAAUGUGAACAGUAAAGGGGAGAUUUGUCUGGAUAUUCUCAAGAAGCAGUGGUCACCAGCAUUGACUAUAUCAAAAGUCUUACUAUCGCUAUCAUCACUGAUGUCCGAUCCAAAUCCAGAUGAUCCCCUGGUGCCUAGUAUAGCUAAACAGUUCAAGAAGAACAGGAAGGCCUUCAACAAGGAGGCUGUUAAAUGGACCAAGAAGUAUGCCAUGGGCAAAAAGAAGUGA